UCACACUUCAAGACUACGACUACUACCAACACCAACGCCAGCUGCCGCAGCAGCAGCGAGCAUCAAUUUUCAAAAACUCUUCCCCCCAAUUUUCUCCUUCUCUUUGUAACGUUCUGGACUUCUUACCUGUAUCCCUCCCUCUCUAUCUCUCUCUCUCUCUCUCUCUCUCUCUCACACGCACUCUCCGUCUGGAACCCUAACCACCGCCAGAAAUGACGGCGCCGCCGCAGGUCACCACAGGAAGGGAGCUGUCGAGUCCUCCGGCUGACGGUAUAACAAACCUUCGCUUCUCUACUCACAGUGAUCACCUCCUUGUUUCUUCUUGGGAUAAGAGCGUUCGGUUGUAUGAUGCGAGUGCCAAUGCUGUGAGAGGAGAGUUCAUGCACGGAGGUGCUGUACUUGACUGCUGCUUCCACGAUGACUCCUCCGGCUUUAGUGCCGGUGCCGACAACACCGUGAGAAGGCUCGUGUUCAACUACGGCAGGGAGGAUAUUUUGGGAAGACAUGAUGCACCUGUUCGUUGUGUUGAAUACUCAUCUGCAACUGGACAAGUCAUUACUGGAAGUUGGGACAAAACAUUGAAGUGCUGGGAUCCUAGAGGUGCAAGUGGGCAGGACCGCACUUUACUUGGAACAUAUACCCAACCUGAGCGUGUUUAUUCACUCUCUCUUGUUGGCAAUCGCUUAGUUGUAGCAACUGCUGGGAGACAUGUAAAUGUCUAUGAUUUGCGGAAUAUGUCUCAACCUGAACAGAGGAGGGAAUCCUCAUUGAAGUACCAAACAAGAUGCGUUCGUUGUUACCCCAAUGGAACUGGUUAUGCUCUUAGCUCUGUGGAAGGUCGGGUUGCAAUGGAAUUUUUUGAUCUGUCGGAGGCUGGUCAGUCCAAAAAGUAUGCGUUCAAAUGUCAUCGGAAAUCUGAAGCUGGAAGGGACAUUGUCUACCCCGUGAAUUCAAUUGCAUUUCAUCCCAUCUAUGGUACAUUUGCUACUGGGGGUUGUGAUGGUUAUGUCAAUGUGUGGGAUGGAAACAACAAAAAAAGGCUGUAUCAGUACUCAAAAUACCCAACAAGCAUCGCAGCCUUGUCAUUCAGCAGAGAUGGGAAGCUCUUGGCUGUUGCAUCGAGUUAUACAUAUGAAGAGGGAGAUAAACCUCAUGAACCAGAUGCCAUAUUUGUCCGCAGUGUUAAUGAAGUCGAAAUCAAGCCAAAACCAAAAGUGUUACCCAACCCAUCUACUUGAAGGAUAUGAUAUUCCCAAGAACUAAGAGGGUAGGUCUGUCAACCAGGUGGCAGUCUGGAUAUAAAAGUUUGUAUUUUACCGGAACAACUCUUCACUUGUGCAUCAUCUAAAUGCAAGUAAUAUUUCACUUCUUUCUUGGACUGACAGAGGCCUUUGCAGCCUAAAACGAUGACUGUGAAGAGAGGAAUCAGUAGGAUUAAUUUUGCCAGUACUAUGGAUAUAUUCAGUCGAUCAAUUGCCCCACUUAUUGAGGUUUA